AUGGGCGCCAUAAGCUGGGCCGUCCCCGUCGGCGUCUUCGCGGCUCUGGCUAUCGUGUGCUUCGUCUUCGUCUGGUGGUGGUUCCCGCGCGCGUGGAACCGCGGCAAUAAGAAGGAUGUGGAGGUUUUGCAUGAGAUGUCUUCAGAAGAUCGAGAGGCGCAGCGGAGGAAGAAUCGGGAGAUUAUUGAGCGCUUUACGAGGGCGAGGGCGAUUGAGCGCGGGGAGAUUGUGGUGGAGGAGACACCUGAGGUGGAGAGGGAGAGGGAGGGAGGAGGAAAGGUUGGAGCUGGGGUGAGGGAGGGGGAGGUUUUACGGUAG